CCCACUCAAUACUACAACGACAAGUCCGAAUUGCUAUCGCCGUGUCUCCCUCCGCGGACCAGCGUCAAUCCCGAUGGCCGACCAACCCGUUAUCAGGUUUGCGACUGAGGAGGACAUCCCCACAAUCCUGCAAUUCAUCCAAGGGCUCGCCGCCUACGAAAACGCCUCGCACGAAGUCGAAGCAACCGUCGACUCCCUCCUCGCAACUCUCUCCUUCCCUUCCUCCCCUCCCAAAUGCUCAGGCACUUACACCCUCCUCGUCAGCCCUCCAGCCAGCCCCACUGACCCUACCCCGUCGCCUGCCGGCAUGGCCAUGUUUUUCUACAACUACUCGACCUGGCGCUCGGCACCGGGGAUCUAUCUCGAAGACCUAUUCGUGCAGCCAGAACAGCGGGGCAAAGGGUACGGUCUUGCUCUGCUGCGGCGGUUGGCUGCAGAGGUAUGCAAGGUUGGCGGGAAGCGAUUGGAGUGGAGUGUGCUGCGAUGGAACGAGCCGAGCAUCAAGUUCUAUAAGAGCGAGAGUGUAGGGGCGAAGGGGAUGGAGGAGUGGAUGAAGAUGAUGGUGGAUGGGGAGGCGCUGACGAAGCUGGCGGCGGCGGAUAGGUCCUUGGGCGAAUAGUUGAUUGAUGUUUCAAAUAGGCGAUUGCUUGCAUAGUUGCCUGAAGCUCAACCUAUGGCGCGGUUAGAAUAAUUUUCGGGGUGCUCUUCUGGAGUGUUUUGGAGUUCCCUCUGAAGCAAGUAUAUAGAUUCUUUCUUGUAAAUACCCCCUGGUUUUCUCCAUG